GGUCAGGAAGACGAUUUCUUUCGUGAAUCCGGUCGGAGGGGCAGCGGCAGCACACGGACUUGCGGAGGCGUCACUCCAAACACACCAUUUCUCAUCAGCCUGCCAUGUAGGGAGCAGCGCAAGCUCAUGUUGUGAGCUCAUCGCUAACCUGAAAGUCGAUUACAUAGCCAUCAAGCCGACGUCGGCGCCGAAUGAAAGCACUAGCACUCGCCUCUUUCUCACUGACUCCAAAUCUAGACUGCCGCCCGCAUCACCUCAUUUCUGCCACUACCCGCAACUAAACCUCGAUCUCAGCCCCUCCACGACCUUCACCUUCCACAGACAGUCACUCUUGCCUCCACGCGCUACUGCCUGAGACCUUCUCAAAACCCGCGAACCGCAACUGCGGACCUGUUCCUCGUGAAACAACGAUCAUUCUGGAAGCGCAAGGUCCCACCACGAAUAGACGACCGCUCGGAAUACAAAUACGGCUGGGCUUGCAACGUAGGACGUCAAUAUCGAAUUGACAUGAUCACGUAGCAAGCCUGCGUCUGGUGCAAAUCAUCAUGUUUCCAAUACCCAACCCUGAAGACUACGCCGUCUCCCGAGAGAAUGGCUUCCUCCCAACAGAAGCGCCACUCGAGCGCCUGCCAGAUUCCUACUACGAGCCCUGGGAAUACAUCAUGAAGAAUCUACAGGGAUUCAUCUUGAGCAAGAGACUGCGUGAGACUGUGGACAAGAUGCCGAUUCUAUCGACGGAGCGUUUGGCCGGCGACGCUCAAUGGCAGCGCGCAUACAGCGUUCUGGCGUUUAUCACGCAUGCGUACAUCUGGGGCAGCGAUGUGCCGUCUGAACGCGUACCACCGUGUGUCACAGUCCCGUUCUUGAAAAUCUGCAAGAAGUUGCAGCUGCCCCCAGUCGCAACAUACGCCGGGCUGGUCCUCUGGAAUUGGAAGCCAAUUUUCGAUGCAGAACGCAUGGACACGCUCGCAAAUCUUGAUACCAUUGAUACCUUCACCGGGUCCCUCGAUGAGAAGUGGUUCUACUUGAUCAGUGUUGCAAUCGAAGCCAAAGCCGGGCCGAUUGUGCCACUCAUGCUGCACGCCAUUGACUUCGCCAGGAACGGCGAUAGACGCGCAGUCACAGAAGCUCUUAAAGCAUUCGCUGAACGUCUCGACGAGCUCGGCGCUAUGCUUUCUCGUAUGUAUGACAACUGUGACCCUCAUGUCUUCUAUCAUCGCAUUCGACCAUUUUUAGCGGGCAGCAAGAAUAUGAAAGAAGCCGGACUUCCGAAUGGUGUGAUCUUCGACAAUGGAGGUCCGAUCAACAAGCAGCGUUACGUGCAGUACAGUGGCGGUAGCAACGCUCAAUCGAGCAUCAUCCAGUUCUUCGACAUUGUGCUCGGCGUGGAACAUCUGCCCACCGGCGUACGCAAGGAGGACAUUCCAGAGAGUGAGCGCAAGUCCAAGGCGCCCGCGUCGAACUUCAUUCAUGAAAUGCGCCGAUAUAUGCCAGGACCACACGCCAGAUUCCUGGAAGCAGUGACACGAGUAGCCAACAUUCGAGCUUUUGUGGACGAGCAUAGUUACGAUCAGGAACUGACUCUCGCUUUCGAUGCAUGCGUUGCCAUGCUGAGCGCCUUCAGAGACAAGCACAUUCAGAUUGUGAGCAGGUACAUCAUCAUCAAAAGUGCCGAAGCCAAAAAGGCAGCAAGCGAGGACGAAGCCCAGCAAAAGAAGCAAAAGAUCAAUAUUGCGCAUCGUCCUAAGCCUGCUCCCAAAGAUGGCGGAAACAAGGAGAACGACAAAUCCGAAAAGGGCACUGGUGGCACAUCUCUCAUCCCGUUCCUGCGUCAAGCUCGAAACGAGACGGGAGAGCAAGCGGUCGAGGCAUGGACUCGCCGUGUUUUAAGCAAGAGACGAGGCGGUGUCGCGGGAGCAGAUGAGGGUGAAGUCAAGCAGGGCUUGGCUGCUGUGUGGAAAAUUGAGAAUAGUGGAUUGUGUUACCACUAGAGCAAGAUGCUGGACAUCUCGUUCACGGGGAUUUCUGAAGCGUAGAUGAGCUACGAACUGUUAUGAAAAGCAUAGAUCAGGAGUGUGUCAACCCACUCUCGCCAGUAUGGGGUCAAACAAGCGAUCGCAUACCAUACGUAUCAAAUACAUCAUUCACA